AUGGAGUACCAGCACCAGCCCCUUCAGCCGCUCGGGCCGCCCGCGCCCCCGCCGCAGCUGCUGCCGCCGGCGCCGCCGCCGCCCCUGCCCUCGCUGCCGCAGCUGCAGCACGCGCACGCUCACGCGCAUGCACAGGAGGACGACCGCUGGAACCAAUACCACAUCUGGCGGCAACACGUGUUCGUCAACGCUCGCCCGUAUCGGGGCAACACGCUGGCUUCGGCGUGUUGGCCUGGCGCGGGCGGCCAAGUGACGGCCCCGCCUGUUGCAGGCAAGUCGGUGAACGCUAAGGAUGCUUUGGAGGACAAGAAAGACGACAACGAGCUGUGGGAGGCGCAAGCCGCCUUCCUCGGCCCUAACCUCUGGGACAAGACGCUGCCCUACGACCCUGAUCUCAAGGUACAGGAAGUCAGUAACUUUAUUACCUAUCGAGUGUGCGUCUCGCUAACUGUUAGCUGUUGCGAAUUGGCGGAUGCGAAUGAGCUGGUGCGCGGGUGUUUGUUUGGCUGCGCGUGGGGGCCUGAGGAGGCUGAUUGUGGCGGUGUGUUGCAGUACGUGGAUCUAGACGAGUUCCUGUCGGAGAAUGGCAUGCCGGGCGAGGCGCUGGCGUUUUCAAUGGCGUCGUCGGGCCGGGACUUCGACCCUCGGACUCGCGCCUUCUCCGACGAGGAGCUUAAGCCUCAGCCGAUGAUCAAGAAAUCCCGGAAACAGUUCGUGCCCGACGACCUCAAAGACGACAAGUACUGGGCACGCCGACGGAAGAACAACAUGGCAGCCAAGCGGUCACGAGACGCGCGCCGCAUGAAGGAGAACCAGAUCGCCUUACGAGCUGGCUACCUCGAGAAAGAGAACAUGGGUCUGCGGCAAGAAGUCGAGUUGUUGAAGAAAGAGAAUCACAUCCUGCGUGAGAAGCUGUCCAAGUACGCGGAUGUAUAGGCGGUCCACCCCACCCCAUCCCCUCGCAUAGCACAAACACGGCGCACGACACGUGAGCGGUCGCAGGGCCCCGCGCCCACCCGCCGCUCCCGCCGCCGCCGCACGCGCCGCACCGGCUCUGGACACAAAACCAUUUCUAUCUUAAACCCUUUAAGUUGUAUUAGCAAACUAUGAUUUCAAUUUGUAAUAUAGUGUAUUUAUAAAACUUUACUAAUCAUGUUCAUUACUUACUAUUCUAUUCGGCUAUAUACAGUUUUGUUGAAAUUUUAAUUAAUAAUUGUCUGCCAACGCUCUUUGUAAAAAUUAGUCGAUUUGAAUAUGUUAACUAAUUUAUUGAUCUAAAAUUAAAAAAGUGAGAGUAAUGUAGGAGCUAAACUUGACUGUGAAAUUACCAUUAAAAGCCUUCGAGUUAAUAUAUGUACACGAAACGCCAAGUUUAUAAAUCACCUAUGUUAUGUUUUAACUUCCGUAGGAUUAUUUAAUAAUGCAGUUACCGUAAGUUUAUUGACUUAGUUUAAUAGAUAAAUCUUAACCAAAGUUCUGCUUGAGCUCAGAUCUUUCGUCGUUUCUAAUGCCUUCAUCGGACUCAGUUCGACAUUCAACAGGGUUAGUCAACGACGUACGGACAAAAAUUGUUUGCAAAUAUUUAUUUUGGAGAAGGUCAAUCGUGUCCCGUCCCGAGCGCGGCCGCGACUUCGUGCCGCGACGAUGUCCGACCGAGUGCGGUUUAUUGUAAUAAGUUAAUGUUGUUGAAUAUUUAUAUUGAGCCGGCGCCGGGGAUUCGCCCCGCCGCCGCACCACGCAAGAUUGCUCAAGUGGCUCGCGUACGCAUGCGCAACUAUGUAGUGGCUGCCUCUGUAUAUAGAUAGGUUUAAUAAGGCCUCGAGCCGGCCCGGGCCGCCCGGGCCCGUCCGUCCGCCCGGCGCCGGCGCCGCUCGACGCCCCUCACUGUAGCUCGCUUCGUAGGACUGCUCCGUAUGAGAUUAGAUCCUAACGGGAGAACUGGGGCGCCCGCGCACCCUGACUCCGUACGUACCCUCUGUCGUUUCUGUAGUGAGCGAACACUAGUUUCGUUUCAAAUUUACUUAGUAAAUAGUUUAAGUAGUUAGUAGAUUCCGUAGCGUAGUCGUUAUUAGUCUAUUUUUGUUAUGGCUGUAGUUGUUAACGUUUUUGAAAGUUUAUAUUAUUUUUUUUUAGUUAUAAAGAGACUCGCGUAUUGUGUCGAUAAGGGCAUAUAGAUAUAACUGGCGCUUUGCGCCGCUGAGCAUCCAUCCCUUCGCCCCCUCCCAGUGUAAGGAGGCCGGUGCCCGUGCGCUCUUCGGGCCCCGCGCGCUUCCCUACGGCUCCCCGCGUCUCUGGACGUUUCUCCCGCACUCUACUUGACUCGUGCUAUUGUUAUAAUAUAUUUUUGUAGGUUUUUGUCGUUGAUAAAUGAGUCAAUUGAAUGUUUAUUGAAUUGAAGAAAAAUUAAUGUUUAUAAACUAAGACUAAGAAGUUGUUGCAUUUGAAAGUAUUUUAUGGAUACAAAGCGAGAACAAUAAAAUGUUUUUUCUAUAAAGGUUUACAUGUGAGGGAUUCUACAAAGGUGUGAAGGUUGACUUUGAAAUGCACUGUUUCAUAUCAAAUGAUAUUAUAUGUAUAAAAAAAACGUAAUGUUUACUGCCGCGCAUGGUGGCAUUUGAUAUUCCAUCUUGUUUGUUAAACAAUAUACAUACCUACUUUGAAUUACUCAAUAUUAUGUAUUAAUUAUAUAAAUCGUUUCUCCGAAAGUUGUAACAUGGGUAUAUUAAUGUAAUGAAUAUAAUAUUAAGUGAUAGGAAGGAAUCGUAUGUAAGAACAAGUGGUUUAUGUAUACCUACCUAUGUUAAGUGUAAGUGUGGGGCCGGGCGGGGCCCGCGGCGCCGCGAGGAAGGUGCUACAGCCGCGCCCCGCGCCCCGGGCCCCGCGCCUCGGGCCCCACCCACGCCCGCUCCGGCCCUGCACCCCGCCCCCCUCCCGCACCCUCCCUUUCUUUAUUUAUUUAUUACUUACCAUGGCAUUGCAACAACACAAAACCAUAUUGAUUUCGAUGUACGAGUAGUAUUUUGUUUGACUUUUAAACGGUUCUAUGGAUUGAAAUAAACGUGAAAUUGUUGUAAUCAUGUUUAGUUUUUUUUUUUUAUUAUUUUUAUGUUUUUGCGACAGGGGGCGGGGGUCUGGGGGCGUCGCUAGUUAGUUGCGGAGUACACCGUAGGUACUUAAUAUUAACGCUGGCAUUCUAGCGACCUCACGGCUAUAGACAGCCGCUUACAAGCCGCUGAUACGUUUCUCGAUCGGUGUUUAAUGUAAUAAAUCAUGGUAAAAGUACCUUGCACACA